AUGGAUGCUCUGGACGAUGGGCUCGAGGGUGUAGAGCCCUUCAUGUUACAUGAUCCCUGGAGCUCGGAUAACAUCAGCCAGGAAGAGGAGCAGAAGCUAAUGGAGCAUAAGUUGCAAGAACAUACACAAUCACAGGCAUGCAAUAUAAUAACUCUUCUAUUUCCUUUUCUUUCUCAGAGUGAAGAUGUGCAGGCUGGCAGUAUAAAUGCUCCUCUGGCUCCACCUGUAACAUCACCAGCAGUGUCAGAGCCUGAGCCCGGAUCUGCCACCCAUGUCCAGCCUCAGCCGUCCGUGGAAAAGCAAGACCGUUUCAAAGCGCCACCAUCCACACUGCCAGAUCCUCUUUCAUGGGGUGACAUCAUGGACGCACUGGAUAAUGGGCUAGAGGACAUAGAGCCAUUCACUUUACAUCAUCCCUGGAGCAUGAAUGUCAUCGACAAAGUAGAGGAGCAGAAGCUAGAGGAGCAGCAGGGAGAGGAGCAACAGGUGCAGGCUAAAAUCCAGAAGCAGCCUGUUCAGAAGAAGAAGGUCCCUGAGAAACGCAUCAGCAAGAACAAGAAGACAUUCACACUCCUACUGAGGAAUUUGGAUGGCAGCGUGGAAGACGAGCGCCUACAGGAGGAAUUCAGGCGAUUUGGGACGGUCAUCAAUGCAAAGGUCAUGAUGAAGAAUGGCCGUUCAAGUGGCAAGGGCUUCAUCACCUUUACAUCUCGUGAUGAAGCCAGAAAAGCCAUCGUCACCAUGAACGGCAGGCUGUUGGGCAGCAAGCCUGUGUACGUGAGUCCGGCUCAGAGUAGCCGCACUAGACAGCUGACCAUCCAGCCACAGGAUGCCGCUCCAGAGAGACAGGAAGAGCCUCGGCGAGAAAAGAAGAUGCCGGAGAAGACGAUCAGCAAAGUACAAGCAAAGGUGCUAAAGUGA